AUGCGACCCGACGACAUCAACCCGCGGACGGGGCUGGUGGUGGCCCUGGUGAGCGUCUUCCUGGUCUUCGGCUUCAUGUUCACCGUCUCCGGGAUCAAGGGCGAGACGCUGGGCGACAUCCCGCUGCUGGCCAUCGGGCCGGCCAUCUGCCUGCCGGGCAUCGCGGCCAUCGCCUUGGCGCGCAAGACCGACGGCUGCACCAAGUGGCCCGACCAGCAGCAGCAGCGGGGGGGCCCGCCCGGGCAUGGCUGCUGCCCCUGCGGGCGCAAGAAGGGCCGCGACAAGGACGCGCUGGAGCUGCUGCGGACCCCCUCGGACCUCGAGUCCGGCCGAGGCAGCUGCGACGAGCUGGCCACCAAAGCCUCCUCGCCCCACCUCGAGCCCAAAGUGGACCAGGAGGAGGUGCUGCGCUACUUGGAGAACUGCUACCCGGAGAUGCCCGGGAACGUCUUCGUGGCCGAGGCCAGCCCUUUCCGUGCCUUAGACAAGCCGCGGGAGUCGCCUGUCUUGGAAGGGGCGGCCGCCGCUUCCUCCUCCCCGCCGCCUUCUCCUUCUUCUCCCGCCGCUACCGCCGCGGACACGGAGGUCAACAUCUUCGUGGCCCCCAGCGACAGCACCGUCGUCUGCUCCUACAAGGAGACCAGCCCUUACGACAGGUACUGUUGCUAUGUCAACCCCAGCGAGGAGAUCUGCUCAGACCACGAGGCGGUCGUCUGAACUAAGCUACCUGGCUGUUCCCAACGAGGCACUUUUCCAACCCGGCCUUCAAGACUUCUUUUAAGAUCCCCCUCCCCCUUUGGCCAUGUCUUUGGAGGUUUCGCCUUGGGGUGCGUCUACACCAGGCAUGGUAUGGGCAAACUCCGGCCCGCCAGGUGUUUUGGACUUCAGUUCCCAAAGUUCCCGGUUUCUGUGAGUUUUCCAGGCUGUAUGGCUAUGUUCCUCAAGCAUUCUCUCCUGACAUUUCGCCCACAUCUAUGGCAGGCAUCCUCAGAGGUUGUGAGGUCUGUUGGAAACUUGGAAAGUGAGAUUUAUAUAUCAGGUGGGAGAAAGAACUCUUGUCUGUUUGAGGCAGCUGUGAAUGUUGCAAUUGGCCAGCUUGAUUAGCAUUGAAAAGCCUUGCAGCUACAAAGCCUGGCUGCUUCCUGCUUGGGGGAAUCCUUUGUUGGGAGGUGUUAGUUGCUAACAACGGAUUCCCCCAGGCUUUGAAGCUGCAAGGUUUUCCAGUGCUGAUCAAGUUGAUUAAUUGCAACAUUCACACUUGCCUCAAAGAGGCAAGAGUUCUUUCUCCCACUCUGGACCUUCCACAGAUAUAGAAACCCCACUUGUGUAGUUUCCAAUAAACUUCACAACCUCUGAGGAUGCCUGCCAUAGAUGCAGGCAAAACAUCAGGAGAGAAUGCUUCUGGAACAUGGCCAUACAGUCCAAAAAACUCACAGCAACCUAGUGAUUCCAGCCAUGAAAGCCUUCGACAACACAGCUGGCAAGCUGUUAGGAAUUGUGGGAGUUGAAGUCCACAACACCUGGAGGGUCGAAGUUUGCCCAUGCUUGCUACACUGUGGAAGGAAUGCAGCUCGACGUCACUUUCACUGCCAUGGCUCAAUACUGAGGGAAUUCUGUCCUUUGGUGAGGCUUCAGACCUGUUCUGGGGAGAGAAGGAUCAAGGCCUUGAAAAAAAUUACAUCUCCCACAACCCCAUUGCAUGGAGCCAUGGCCACUCCGCACUAUGGCAUCUUGGGAUUUGUAGUUUGGUGAGACACCAACACAUUUUUUGUGGCAAAGAAGGCUAAAGGCUUUGUAAAACUACAUCUCCUAUGUAGAUGGAAACAUGGCAGCUCAUGAUAUGGUAAUCCUGAGAUGCAUAGUUUAAUGAGGCACCGACUUUCUUUGUCAGAGAAGGCUAAAGGCAUCGUAAAAUUACAACCCCCAUGAUACCAUACCAUGGUGGCUCAUGGGUAUGGUUUUUUUCAUGUCAGGAGAUCCUUGAGAAACUGCAAGUCGCUUCUGGUGUGAGAGAAUUGGCAGUCUGCAAGGACGUUACCCAUGGGACGUGGUCUCAUGUUCCCACAUGGGAAGCUGGAGCUGACAGAUGGGAGCUUACCCCACUCCCCGGAUUCAGACCUCCGAUCUUCCAGUCAGCAGUCCUGCCAGCGCAAAGGUUUAACCCAUUGCGCCACUGGGGGCUCCAUUGGUAUGGUAAUCUUGGGACUUGCAGUUUGGUGAGGCACCAUCUCUUUGUCAGAGUAUUCUAAAAGCCUUGUAAAACUGCAACUCCCAGGAUUCCAUAGAGUUGAGCCAUGGCAGUGAAAGUGGUGUCAAGCUGCAUACAUUCUACUAUGUACACGCAUCUGUCAUCACCUUGACAGCAAGAAAAUGCUCCAGCAUCUGGCUCUUUUCAAAGAAAAAGUGUAAUCCUAACCAUCAAUAAUAAUGAUAUUAGUAAGAAUAAUAAUCCUGGCUGGUUUUGCACUGCAUGGGACAAUCCUCAUAACUUAGCUGUUAACUUUAAUACCUGUUAUGUUGACUGAUAUUGCAAACCUUUUGUGCCUGAAAUGACUUGAUUUGGUUUUUUUUAAUUUUUCUGACUCCUAUUUUGACAACAACAAAAAAGUAAUAAUACGCAUGUUUAAGGAGAAUCAGUAUUUUCUAUGAUAAUUUGUAAACCCAGGGUGGUAGGGUGGGGAAAAGCUUACUUGUUUUAUUACAAAAUCUUACAUGUUUCUUGUGUAUGGAGGGAGUGAUGAAAUAUCCAAUGCAUUUGCUCAUGGUAAGGUGGAAAUCAAAUGCAGGAAACACUGAAAAUGAGAGAGUUCCUGGAUUUUGCCUCUCCCUAGACUUAUGCAAUCUCUACUAGGAGGUGGGACUCAGCUUUCCUUUAAGAUGCUUAAGGCUGGGAGUAGUGGUGGUGAGGAGGAUUUUUUUUUGUUUUCAUCAUCGUAAGGAUCAAGCACUUAAGUUCAGGCUUCCCAGUGAGCACAGGAUCAAAUAAGGUCAAGUGCAGAAGACCAAAAACAGUUGUAACAGCGAAGAAGGACAGCAGUGAGAAAACUUGUUAAGAAGGAGAGACACGUUAAAACUGGCAGCCAAGUUUUCAGAGAUGAAAAGAUUAUUAUCCUCUCCUGUUUAAGGGACCUUUUAUUUUAUUACAAUUGUUUUAAAAAAAAAUCAUUUGCAGGUCAUUUAUGAUUGGAUUGCUGUGAGUUUUACGGGCUGUAAGGCCAUGUUCCAGAAGCAUUCUCUCCUGACAUUUCACCCACAUCUAUGACAGGCAUCCUUGGAGGUUGUGAGGUAUACUGGAAACUAGGCAAGUGGGGUUUAUAUAUCUGUGGAAUAGUUCAGUGUGGGAGAAAGAACUCUUGUCUGUUUGAGACAAGUGUGAAUGUUGCCAGCUUGAUUAGCAUUUAAUGGCUUUUCAAAGCCUGGCUAAGAAAAUCCAUCAAAUGCCCACCAAGAAAAAAGGUCCAACAAAAGCCCACUGAGAAAAUCCAACAAAUGCUGCAUUCAACAAAGGACAAGAGGGAUGCUCUCACCUCUGUAGGUGUCUACCGUAUACCAUGCAUCUGUGGACAAGACUACAUAGGGACCAUCAAAUGCAGCAGCAUUGUCCAAACAUGAAUUGAGGAACAUGAAAGGCACUGCAGACUAAUUCAACCAGAGAAGUCAGACGUAGCAGAGCACUUGAUGAACCAACCUGGACAUAGUGUAUUAUUUGAAAACACAGAAAUGUUGGACCAACCGAACAACCACCAUGUCCAACUACACAGAGAAGACAGUGAAAUCCACAAGCAGGUGGACAAUUUCAUCAGAAAGGAGGAAACCAUGAAAAUGAACACUAUCUGGCCACCUGUAUUAAAAAAACCCCUCUAAAAUCAGGACAGUAAAUAAAGAACAACAUUCAGAAGACAGGGGAAUUCCAGACAAGAAACAAUCAGGGCCAGUCAAUACCUCCCAACAAAGGAUUCCCCCAGGCGGGAAGCAGCAAGGCUUUGAAGCUGCAAGGCUAUUCAGUGCUAAGCAACAUGGCCAAUUGCAACAUUCACUUGACUCAAGCAGACAAGAGUUAUUUCUCCCACCUUGGACAUUCCACAGAUAUAUAAACCCCACUUGCCUGGUUUCUAACAGACCUCACAACCUGCCACAGAUGUGGGGGAAACAUCAGGAGAGAAUGCUUCUGUAACAUGGCCAGACAGCCCAGAAAACUCAUAGCAAACCAGUGAUUCCAGUCAUGAAAGCCUUUGACAACUCAUUUACUAUUCUUCUCCCUGGCCCCCAUAACACAUUUAGUUUACCAUAGUUCAUUUUAUGGUCAUCAUAGUGUCGUACCAAAUUUACAGCCAGAGGGAAAAAGAACCCUGUUCUUGGGAAACUGAUUUGCAAUGCAAUGUAAUUCAUCUGUGAUGGAAUAACGUUUCCAGUUUUUGAACAUGUGUUUGAUUUUGACUUCAGAAGGGAGUGUGGGUGGCAAAGGGGUUUUUUUUCAUUCUAGAAACCAGAACAAAUUGUCUCUUUUAUAAAAAGCAAUAGGCCAUGGACAAGAAGACUGUUUCAAAGGUCCUGUUCCUGGGUCGCCUCCAACAUGGAUAAUUUUAAAUGAGUAAAAUAUGAAGCCAAGUAUUUUUCUUUUUUCUUAAAAACUGGGGCAAACAUUCUCUCCCCCACCCUUUUUUUUGACAGCAAUAGGCCAUGGAUGAGAAGACCUGUUAGACUAGUUCAAUGGCUCAAUGUGGAUAAUUUCUAAAUGGGCAUAAUUGUAUUAUCAGUUCUCUUGAUUUCAGCAUUCACUGUGACUACUCUGAAUGUACAGCAAGGUUCCCUUUAAAAAUGCAUAUGGCCAUCACCAUCACUAUCCAUACCAAAGAGUCGCCACAGCUUCUUCCUCUUCUGUCAUUUCAGGAAAGGGACUUUAUGCUUGAUCCUGACAUCUUGCUGGGGUGUAUGGUAGAGAGGGAACCUUGGGUAUAUUUCAGCAUCAUAGAAAUCUGCCAGCAUUUCUACUAAAUUUCAACAGUGAAAAGUUAAGAUGGCAAAUUUGGCCUCAACCACGGUGACAUAUUACUAGUGGUAUGUCUCCCUAUAUUAUGGGGAACCCAUUUGCUCUAGGACAGUGUUUCUCAAACUGUGCUCCUCUAGGUGUUUUGGACUUCGAUUCCCACAAAUCCUAACACCUGAUAAACUGGGAGCUGAAGUCCAAAACAUCUGAAGGAGCACAGUUUGAGAAACUCUGCUCUAGGGUGUCCACGUAUCGUUAUACAAUUCUUUGCUAUAACACUGGUCAGGGGUUUACCAUGACCUUUUUAAAGGAUUGAACACAUCAGGCGAUAUCAGUGGGUGUUAAGUGUAGGAUCUGAACAUUGUAGUCUCUGAAGGUUGAGGAAAACAAUGGAGUAAGACCAUCAGCCCCCAUUAUGCCCUAUUUGAAAUAUUUCAAAGAUACCUGAAUGAUUCAACUUGUGAGUCCCCAGGUGUUUGGACCUACAACUUCUAGAAAUCCCAGCCAGUUUACCAGCUGUUAGGAUUUUUGGGAGUUGAAGGCCAAAAAAUCUGGGGACCCACAGGUUGAGAACCAUUGGACUAGAACUAUGAACAUGCUGGUGCUUAGCCUGCUCUUCUCUUGAAGAUAUGACUAGAUUAUGGAGAGGCAUAGCAUUUGGCUCUAACACAGAUUCCUAUCCAAGCCAGUAGAUGAGAUUUGCAAAGGGUGUGAAAUAUCCACAUCUCUUUCAAAAUGUCAGAUAUGCAGGCAGAAAAAAACGGUGUGGGUAGGUGAAUAACUGAAUGGUUUAGAAGUUAUAAACAAAUGUGAUACUAGAAAACCAACAAAGCCAUUUUAGGCCCACAGAUUUCAUUGGAUGUGUUGGGCGCAUUCUUACAUUUUUCCAGUUGAGAACAAUGAGGUUCAAAAGGGCUUAACUUCGUCUGGGUCAUAUACAUAGUCCACCUCCCCCCCCCCAAAAAAUACAGGUAAAUGGCAAAGAAAUAAUUGGUUUGUAUUUUGACAUUAAAUGGGACAUUAAAUGAUAAUUCACAGUUGUAAUAAUGGAAACAAGGAUUCCGCACAAAGCAUAUUAUUUGUUGAGUCCUUCAGAGAACACAGGGAAUAAUUAAAUAAGUCCCUUGUACAUUAUGUUUCUGUAUUAUAUAUGUGCAAUAUACCUGUAAUACCCUAUCAGAGAUUUUAUAUGUGACAUAUUUAAUCUAUGCAGGAAGCCUUCUAAGGGUUAAAUAUGAGGAACAAUAUAUUCAAUAAAUGCCAAAUUAUUUGUA